CAGGCAGCACCUCCCGCCUCGGGCCGGGACCUAAGGAAGCCGUGCGCCUCGACGUCAUCACCGGGCGCCGCUGCCUCCACCUUCUUCCACUUCGCGGGAGAAGUUGUUGGCGCGAAUGGGUCUCGAGCUCCGGUAACGGAUCCUGCAGCCGGCUGGCCUGCCCGCCCGCCCCUUACUCAGCGGGCUGCGAUGGAUAUUCGGAAAUUCUUUGGGGCUCUACCUAGUGGAAAGAACCUUGUAAGUGACUCAGUAAAGAAGAAUGAUAAGACAAAGUCUGCUGAAGAAACUUUAAAAACAAAGAAAGGAAUAAAGGAAAUCAAGGUAAAUAGUUCUUGUAAAGAUGACUCCAAACAGAAGCAACCAAAUAAGAAAAAGAGGAUCAUCUAUGAUUCAGAUUCAGAAUCUGAGGAGACAGUGCAGGUGAAAAAUGCCAAAAAGCAAGCAGAAAAAUUGCCAUUGUCUUCUAAACCUGGUAAAAUUCUACGCCAGGAUCCUGUUACAUACAUUUCAGAAACAGAUGAAGAUGACGACUUUGUGUGUAAGAAGGCAGUCUCUAAAUCAAAAGAGAAUGGAGUUUCUACAAAUAGUUAUCUUGGAGCAUCAAACAUGAAAAAGAAUGAAGAAAACACUAAGACCAAAAAUAAGCCUUUAUCACCAAUCAAACUUACCCCCACAUCAGUCCUUGAUUAUUUUGGAACAGGAAGUGUCCAAAGAUCAGAUAAGAAGAUGGUGGCAAGCAAAAGAAGAGAGCCUUCACAAAAUGAAGCCAUCACAGAUGAUUCCAGAUUAAGUGAUGCAGCCAUCGCCAAGCAAUUGCAACUUGAUGAAGAUGCAGAGUUGGAGAGACAACUGCACGAAGAUGAAGAGUUUGCCAGAACAUUAGCCAUGUUGGAUGAAGAACCCAAGACCAAAAAGGUUCGAAAGGACCCAGAAGAAAGAGAAACAUUUUCAUUGGUUCAAGCCAAUUUAAGUAAAGCAGAAAAGCAUAAAUAUCCAUAUAAAGUAAAAACAGAAUUUUCAGAUGAAAGAAAGAACUGUAGUCCUAAGAAGCAAACUAAAUGUGAAAGUUCAAAAGUAUCUCAGCAACAUUCCAAGUCAUUAGCUCACAAAAUAGAAGAAACUUCUUCUCCAAAAGCCAGUUCCAAGCUAGCACUUAUGAAAAAAAAAGAAUCAAGUUCUCCUAAAGAAGCAGGGCCUAUGACUUCAAAAAGAAAAGAAAAUGUCAUUGAAUCAAAAGGACAGACAAAAACUCCUAAGAAAACCAAAAGUUCUCCAACUAAAAAAGAGUCUAUAAGUCCUGAAGAUUCUGAAAAGAGGCGCACUAAUUAUCAAGCUUAUCGAAGCUACUUAAAUCGAGAAGGUCCCAAAGCUCUGGGCUCCAAAGAAAUACCAAAGGGAGCUGAAAAUUGCUUGGAAGGCCUUAUAUUUGUAAUCACAGGAGUGCUGGAGUCCAUGGAACGAGAUGAGGCCAAGUCUCUAAUUGAGCGUUAUGGGGGGAAAGUAACAGGAAAUGUCAGCAAGAAAACUAACUACCUUGUCAUGGGUCGUGAUAGCGGACAGUCGAAGAGCGAUAAGGCAGCAGCCUUGGGGACAAAAAUUACUGAUGAAGAUGGCUUGUUGAAUCUGAUUCGAACUAUGCCAGGCAAGAAGUCCAAGUAUGAAAUAGCAGUUGAAGCUGAGAUGAAGAAAGAAAAGUCCAAAUUGGAAAGAACACCCCAAAAAAAUGACCAAGGAAAAAGAAAAAUUAGUCCUACUAAGAAGGAAUCAGAAUCUAAAAAGAACAGAUUGACUCCCAAAAGGAACAGCUCUACAAAGUCCAUAAAAAAGGACACAAAUGUGAUUUGCAGAGGCCUGGACUUCAAGGAGCAGGAGGCUGAGGAGACAAAUGGUGACAGCUGGACUAGGAAUUUUGCUGAUGAUGGCAGUGAAAACAAAGUGGAAAAUUUGCUCUGGGUGGAUAAAUAUAAGCCAACCUCGCUCAAGACCAUAAUUGGACAGCAAGGUGACCAGAGCUGUGCCAACAAACUCCUUCGCUGGCUCCAACACUGGCACAGGAGCCCAUCUGAAGAUAAGAAACGCGCAGCAAAGUUUGGUAAAUUCGCUGGCAAAGAUGAUGGCUCUAGUUUUAAGGCAGCGUUGCUCUCAGGCCCUCCAGGUGUUGGCAAAACCACCACAGCUUCUCUGGUUUGUCAGGAAUUGGGAUAUAGUUACGUGGAACUGAAUGCAAGUGAUACUCGGAGUAAAAACAGCUUAAAGGAGAUAGUUGCUGAAUCACUAAAUAAUACCAGCAUCAAGGGCUUUUAUUCAGGUGGAGCAGCCCAUUCAGUAAGCAUGAAACACGCUCUCAUCAUGGAUGAAGUAGAUGGCAUGGCAGGCAAUGAGGACAGGGGAGGAAUUCAGGAAUUAAUUGGCCUGAUAAAACACACAAAAAUCCCCAUUAUCUGUAUGUGUAAUGAUAGAAAUCAUCCUAAGAUUCGUUCUUUGGUUCAUUAUUGUUUUGAUCUUCGUUUUCAAAGGCCUCGAGUUGAACAGAUUAAGGGUGCUAUGAUGUCUAUUGCAUUUAAAGAGGGUUUAAAGAUCCCACCUCCAGCUUUGAAUGAAAUAAUCUUGGGAGCCAAUCAAGAUAUCAGACAGGUAUUACACAAUCUGAGUAUGUGGUGUGCACGCAGUAAGGCACUAACCUAUGAUCAGGCCAAGGCUGAUUCUCAUAGAGCCAGAAAGGAUAUCAAACUGGGCCCAUUUGAUGUUGCCCGGAAAGUGUUUGCAACUGGAGAGGAGACUGCUCAUAUGUCACUUGUGGACAAAUUAGAUCUCUUUUUUCAUGAUUAUUCAAUAGCACCCCUCUUUGUCCAAGAGAACUACAUACAUGUGAAGCCUAUAGCUGCAGGGGGUGAUGUGAAAAAGCACUUGAUGCUUUUAAGCAGAGCAGCAGAUAGCAUAUGUGAUGGCGACCUAGUGGACCGUCAGAUCAGAAGUAAGCAAAACUGGGGUCUUCUGCCCACACAGGCUGUUUAUGCCAGUGUUCUUCCUGGAGAGUUAAUGAGAGGGUACAUGACCCAGUUUCCCAGCUUCCCACGCUGGUUGGGGAAGCACUCAUCUUCUGGCAAGUACAAUCAUAUUGUUCAGGACCUAGCACUACAUAUGAGUCUCAGAACUUACUCCAGCAAAAGGACUGUAAACAUGGAUUAUCUGUCACAUAUAAGGGAUGCACUUGUACAGCCCUUGACCUCACAGGGAGUUGAAGGAGUACAAGAUGUUGUUACUUGUAUGGACACAUAUUACUUGAUGAAAGAAGACUUUGAGAAUAUCAUGGAAAUCAGCAGCUGGGGAGGCACACCUAGUCCCUUCUCCAGGCUGGAUCCCAAGGUGAAAGCAGCCUUUACAAGAGCGUACAAUAAGGAAGUGCACCUUACUCCGUAUUCACUCCAGGCGGUAAAGACAUCCAGAUCCAGCACAGGCCCAGCCCUGGAUUCUGAAUACAAUGAUGAGUUACAUGAAGAUGACUCUCAGUCUGAUGAGAAAGACCAGGAUGCUAUGGAAACUGAUGCUAUGAUCAAGAAAAAGACAAAAUCUUCAAAGCCUUCAAGAUCAGAAAAAGAUAAGGCGUCCAGAAAAGGAAAAGGAAAAAGUCCAAAGAAAUGAAACUGUUUCUCACUGACAGCCGUUUUUUACCCACCCUGCCGACCAGUCUGGCUGGUCUAGAGAAUGCCUCAUUUUUCCCCCAGUGGAACCAUGUUUUGGCAUAAUGGGGCAACCUAGUGGUCCCAUUAUAAAUAAAUGGUGGUACGGCGAGAGGAUAUAACCAGUGGGCCAAUGCACACCUCUUAUAGAGGUUGGUAGGCCUGCUCGGGUCUUCCACUGUCCCCUUUCAAUCUGAUUAGAUUGUGCUUCCAAAUGUGUGUGAUCAGAAUCAGAAACUACAUGUGGGCUUUGAAGUCAGAUUUUAGUUAACAAUGGUAUGCCUGGGAACAGGGGUACUAAGGUGACUGGUAGGCUUAAGAAUUUAUCCUUAUGGCCUUUAUAGGACCUAUGCUGGUAUUUUUUUUUUUUAAAGUAGUUACUAUUAAGUGGUGAAAUUUUGUAAAUCAUAAUACAGAACAAUCACCACCUAGAACUGGGUAUUUUUUGUACAUUGUCAAAUAUCUUACAAAAUAUAAAUUAGAAAUAAAAAUGUUCCACAUGAUAUAUGUACAAAUUCUUAAGAUUAUCAUCUUGUACAGUAAAAUAUGUUGGUAUAUCACUUUCCUUAUUAAUUUGCAAAUGAUUAGAUAAAAAGCUAACUAUAUUUCUUACUAACUCAUUGUGUGAAGCAUAACUUUGGUAGUUGAAGAGUCAGAACUUUUAAUUUCCAACUUUGUUACCUCUAUGAAUGCCACCCAUAUCUCUGCUACGAAGAGAAUCUCAUGGAGAGGCUGCCUUGUUAUUAUUAUUAGAGGGUAUUAUUAGAGGGUGGUGGUAAGAAGAUUCUCAGACAUUGUUACACUUCCAGACUCUCCACUCAUCAGGUCCAAACCAGUAGGGGUUAGGCUGGGGCAGACUCUUGAAUGUCACUCUGGGUUGGGACAAAGUGAACACUGGCCUUUGUUUAGUUUGUCCCUGGGAGAUCUGGUUCUGCCUUGUGAUGGCUCCCACAGAGCCUGCUGGAACUUUAUAAUAUUGUACAAUAGGCCCUGAGGCUGAGACUAGCCUGGAAUUUAAGUGUCUAGCUAAUUUUUAGUCUUAGUAAAUGCUCAGAGGCAUGUGCUACUUCUGUGAGGUAUGUACUAAGAAGAAUGUAAAAUCAGGAUAUUACUCCCUGCCUUUUUGAACUUACAGUCUUGUUUGGGAGGUGAGACAUAAAGUUCUUGAGAUAUUUAAAGUGUAUUUACCAGUAUGAAAAAUGUCUUUCAUGUAGAUUGCAUUCAUUAUGGGAAUAAAACAUUGCUUUAAGCCUUUGCCUAC